GAAUAGUAUUUGUAUCGGACGGGGUAUAUUCGUUGUAUAUAAAAGCGAGUCCUGCCCUGCCCGCCAAUUUCUAUUCUAUUCUGCAGACCAACAAACCCAACCCAACCCAUCGAUCUAUUCUAUUCUAUAGAGUAGAAAUCCAAUGGCCGCCGCCGCCGACCUGGAGCUGGAGCUGGAGUCCUUCUUGGCGACCUGCGCGGCCUCCGGCGACGCGGCCUACGCCGCCGCCAAGGCGGUGCUCGAGCGCCUCCACCACCCGCCCUCCCGCGCCGAUGCCCGCCGCCUCCUCGGCGCCGUCCGCCGCCGCUUCGCUGGCCCCGCCGCCGGGGAGGAAUGCUUCCGCACCUUCCACUUCCGCAUCCACCACGUCCUCCUCGACGACCCCCACCUCCAAGGAUUCCAGCAGAGAAAGAAGCUAACAAUGAUGGAAAUACCUAGCAUUUUCAUUCCUGAAGACUGGUCCUUCACUUUCUAUGAGGGCCUCAAUCGUCAUCCAGAUUCCAUUUUCAGGGAUAAGACAGUAGCUGAGCUGGGAUGUGGCAAUGGUUGGAUAUCCAUUGCGCUUGCAGAAAAGUGGUCCCCUUCGAAGGUCUAUGGACUGGAUAUAAACCCAAGAGCUGUCAAGAUUGCAUGGAUAAACCUCUACUUGAAUGCACUAGACGACGAUGGUCUCCCAAUCUAUGAUGGGGAGGGGAAAACAUUGCUGGAUAGAGUUGAAUUCUACGAAUCUGAUCUUCUCUCUUACUGUAGGGACAACAAAAUAGAACUUGACCGCAUCGUUGGAUGCAUACCACAGAUUCUUAACCCGAACCCAGAAGCAAUGUCAAAGAUCGUAACUGAAAAUUCAAGUGAGGAGUUCUUGUAUUCCUUGAGUAACUACUGUGCUCUUCAGGGUUUUGUUGAGGACCAAUUUGGCCUUGGGUUGAUUGCUCGGGCAGUUGAAGAAGGGAUAUCAGUCAUAAAACCUAUGGGUAUUAUGAUAUUUAACAUGGGUGGUCGACCAGGACAAGGUGUCUGUGAACGCCUAUUUCGACGCCGUGGAUUUUGUAUCACAAAGCUCUGGCAGACAAAAAUUAUGCAGGCUGCUGACACAGAUAUUUCAGCUUUAGUUGAAAUUGAGAAAAAUAGCCGGCAUCGCUUUGAGUUUUUCAUGGAUCUUGUUGGGGAUCAGCCUGUCUGUGCACGCACAGCUUGGGCAUACAUGAAAUCUGGUGGGCGUAUUUCACAUGCUUUGUCUGUGUAUAGCUGUCAACUUCGCCAGCCCAACCAGGUGAAGAAAAUAUUUGAGUUUCUUAAAGAUGGAUUCCAUGAAGUCAGCAGCUCCCUGGAUUUGUCCUUUGAUGAUGAUUCUGUUGCUGAUGAAAAAAUACCUUUCCUAGCAUACCUAGCUAGUUUUUUGAAGGAGAAUAAAUACAAUCCUUGUGAGCCACCAGCUGGGUGUCUAAACUUCCGGAGUCUCGUGGCUGGAUUUAUGAAGAGUUACCACCAUAUCCCGUUAACUCCCGAUAAUGUUGUUGUUUUCCCUUCCCGCGCUGUGGCAAUAGAAAAUGCUCUUCGACUAUUCUCACCUGCACUUGCGAUUGUUGAUGAACAUCUGACCAGACAUCUGCCAAAGCAGUGGUUAACAUCUUUAGCAAUUGAGGGAAGAGCAGAUUGUAACCGUGCCGAAGAUACAGUUACCGUAAUUGAGGCACCCCGCCAAUCUGAUCUGUUGAUUGAGUUAAUCAGGAAAUUGAAGCCUCAGGUUGUUGUUACUGGCAUGGCCCAGUUUGAGGCUAUCACAAGUGCUGCUUUUGAGAACUUAUUAAGUGUAACGAAAGAUGUUGGUUCCCGGUUAUUCAUUGAUAUUUCAGAGCAUCUGGAGUUGUCUAGUUUGCCAAGCUCCAAUGGUGUAUUGAAAUACCUUGCUGGAAAGACCCUACCUUUCCAUGCAGCUAUACUGUGUGGUUUAGUGAAGAAUCAGGUUUAUUCUGAUCUGGAAGUUGCUUUUGCCAUUUCUGAAGAUGAAGCUGUUUAUAGGGCAUUAUCACAAACAAUUGAGCUAUUGGAAGGGCACACAUCUCAGAUCAGCCAGCACUAUUACGGUUGUCUUUUCCAUGAGCUGCUGGCAUUUCAAAUUGCGGACCGACAUCCACAACAAGAGAGACAACCUGCAGAAGUGAUACCUCAGAAGAUGAUUGGAUUUUCGAAUUCAGCUAUGUCUACCCUAAAAGAAGCUGAAUUCUUCGUUCCUGACCCCAAAGAAUCUGGUGUUAUUCAUAUGGAUUUAGAUCGCAGCUUCUUGCCAGUGCCUUCUGAAGUGAAUGCCUCCAUUUUUGAAAGUUUUGUUAGGCAGAACAUAACUGAAUCUGAAACCGAUGUUCGCUCUAGCAUUCAACAGCUGGUGAAAGAUAGCUAUGGUUUCCCAGAAGAUCUUUGUUCUGAAAUUAUAUAUGGCAACACCUGUCUUGCACUCUUCAACAAGCUUGUUCUUUGCUGCAUCCAAGACCAGGGUACCUUACUUUUCCCCUUGGGAGCUAAUGGGCACUAUGUCUUGGCAGCAAAGUUUGUGAAUGUAAAUACAGUUACUAUUCCAACAAAGUUAGAUUCAGGCUUCAAGAUUGAACCACGGGUUCUAGCUGACACACUUGAGACAGUAUCUAGGCCAUGGGUUUAUAUUUCUGGCCCCACAAUUAACCCUACUGGUUUGCUGUACAGUGACAAUGAUAUUCAAGAGCUCCUUUCUGUUUGUGUUAAAUAUGGAGCUAGAGUAGUGAUAGAUACCUCUUUUUCUGGUCUGGAAUUCCAAACUGACGGCUGGAGUCGAUGGAAUUUGGAAAGAUGUCUUUCUGCUGUGAACUGUCCAAAUCCCUCAUUCUCUGUUGCUCUUCUCGGAGAGCUGUCCUUUGAACUGACUGCAGCAGGGCAUGAUUUUGGGUUCCUAAUUUUGAAUGAUUCAUCCUUGGUCGACACAUUUCACAGUUUCCCAAGCUUGAGUCGUCCCCACAGUACGCUGAAGUACACUUUCAAAAAACUACUGGGCCUGAAGAAUCAGAAGGAUGAGCGCUUCUCCAAUCUCAUCAUGGAGCAGAAGGAGACACUAAAGAGUCGUGCUGGCCACUUGAUAAAGACACUCGAGAGCUGUGGCUGGAAUGUUGCCGGCAGUCGCGGUGGCAUAUCGAUGUUGGCGAGACCGACUGGCUACAUUGGCAAAACAAUCAAGGUGGAGGGGUUCGAGGGCAAGCUAGAUGGCUGCAACAUCAGGGAAGCCAUUCUGAGGUCCACAGGGCUGUGCAUAAACAGCAGCUCAUGGACGGGGAUACCGGAUCACUGCAGGUUCAGCUUUGCUCUGGAGAGCGGCGAGUUCGAGCGUGCAGUGGGCUGCAUAACUCGCUUCAACGAGUUGGUUCUGGGAAGCAAGGGUUCUGAUAUGAAUGGUAACUAAAACGAAAGCAUUGUCGUGAAAGCUGAAUCCUAAAGAAAUGUAGCCACCACUGUAAUGCAUAUAUUGUUACUCUUUUUAUCCGUUGGUAGAGCCUGUCCGUGGCUGAUUGAAGAACCCUUUUGUGCUUAGAAAAGGAAUAACGGCAUGGGAUGCAUGCACUUGUGCUGUGAAUGAAUGAAUGAUAGUAUUGGCAUUUGGAAUCACGUAAGUCUGAAGGAUCAAGGAUGGAUAUAUUGGCAA